UUGAUCUCAAAGUUUGAAUUACCUCUCUUUGGAAUAAAAUCUUUGAAACGAUGUAAGAAUUGUUUAAAAAAGCAAGAAUUGUAAUAAGUGUUCUUGGAUAUUGCAAGUUAUUCCCUUUUUAUCGUUAAUAGUUAAAAAAUGAAGCUUUGGGUGUUGGAAAUUCUCUGCACUGUCCUAACCGGUCACUUCUUUAUCGAAAGUGCAGCUCAGAACUGCGAGGAAGACGGAGCGGUAGCUGAAAUGUUUUGUCCAGAUUCCAGCUUCUUAUUGAAAGCAAUAGGAUCGAGGAGCCCGUUUUUCGGGGACGCUUUGGCCGUUUCCUGCGUAAAUGCACGCGAGCAACUGCACGAAGAUGAAGAGCACCCGCACACUUUUCUCUCGGCUGAUGGCGGCUCCACCCUGGAUGCCGGGUGCCCGGACGAAAGCGAGAUUAUCACAAGGAUCUCCAUUUGUAUUAUGAAUGAUCAUGUACAGACUGCGACGAUUUCUUGUUCCAAACUCAAAGACCCUGAGAGAAUCGAAGAAAGAUUCCAGGCGACAAGCGAGGAGAUGAAGAACACCUUAGUUGACUGCGGGGAAAAUAGCGCAGUCCAGAGUAUAAGUUUAGAGGACGCAGGUAAUGGGAUGACCACAAAGAUCACUUUUGGAUGCUUGAAAAUUUCACUUCCUGAAAAUGAGCCUCCCGAAUUAAAAUAGUCCAUCGCUUUUCUCUCCAGCUUAAGGUGGCAGA